AUGAGACCCCACGACGCCUGGUGCUGGGCUGCGCUGCUGCUGCUCGCCCUCCUCUGCGACGGCGCCGGCGGACGGCGCGGCCGAGCCGGCGCCCGGCCCGGCGCUUUCGGGCCCGUUUCCCGUGGCGGGGGCCGCUCCGGCGGCCGCGGCUCCAAGGUGGCCGGAGCCAUCGCCGCCGGCGCCGCCGCCGGCUACGGCAUGGGGCUGCUGGGCCGCCCGCGCCCCGCGCGCCCGGGCCCCGGCGCUGCGGCCGCCCGGCAGCCCGCCGGCGGGUUCCAGGCGCCGAGCUGGCGCGACGCCUCGGCCAAGCGGGGACCCCCGAGCCGAGCCGGCGAGCGCGCCGGCGCCGGCGGCACCGCGCUGCUGCUGCUGCCGCCGGCGCUGUGCCUCGCGGGCCUCCGGCGCUGA